AUGACCCUCUCCCAUCGACCCAUGACCCUCUCCCAUCCACCCAUGACCCUCUCCCAUCUGCCCAGACCCUCUCCCAUCUGCCCAGACCCUCUCCCAUCUGCCCAGAUCCUCUCCCAUCCACCCAUGACCCUCUCCCAUCGACCCAUGACCCUCUCCCAUCUGCCCAGCCCCUCUCCCAUCUGCACAGACCCUCUCCCAUCGACCCAUGACCCUCUCCCAUCCACCCAUGACCCUCUCCCAUCGACCCAUGACCCUCUCCCAUCUUCCCAGACCCUCUCCCAUUCACCCAUGACCCUCUCCCAUCCGCACAGACCCUCUCCCAUCCACCCAUGA